AUUGUGUGGGGCCCAGGGAGUUGGAGUUGAAGGGCCCGGGGGUCUGCUCCUUUGACUGCUCUGAGCUGCUUCCCCAUUGGCUCCCAGCAGCCGGUGCUCAGCAAGGGCUGAGCGACUCGGGGAGGCUCUAGUCCAUAAAAGGGGGGGCGAGGCACCAGAACUGCCAUUCUGAGGGGCUUUGGUGAUGCUCACAGCCGCCUCGUUGGCACCUCCUUCCGAGCCAGAGUCAGGGAGACCCCUGCCUGAGUCCUGACCCAGCCACCUGCCACCACCCUCCGAUCUGCUCAGCCAGAAGCUGCCCAGGGACAAAGAAGAGCACAGGUCAUUUAUCUCCAGGCACUGAGAUCUGCGUGGGGGAGCUGUUGCAGCAGCCCAAGGCGGGAAGAGCAGAGACAGCAUGGCCUGGCAGGAGCUGGUGCUGGCCGCCUACCUCCUCGUGUUCCCCUCCGCCAUGGCGGACUGCCUGUCCCGGUGCUCCUUGUGUGCUGUGAAGACCCAGGACGGGCCCAAGCCCGUCGACCCUCUGAUUUGUUCCCUGCAAUGCCAGUCCGCUCUGCUACCGGCUGAGGAGUGGGAGACAUGCCAAAGCCUUCUGUCCUUUUUCACCCCCUUCACCUUCGGGCUCAAUGGCAAAGAAGACUUGGAGACCAAGGCCGCUUUGGAGGAACCCUAUAGUGAGCUGGCCAAGCGCUCUGGGCCCUUCCCGAAGGAGCUUGAGAAAAACAGAUUUCUCCUCAGCACCCCGACAGAGGAGAAUGCCCUGAGCAGGAGCCUGGCGGAGAAGCUCUGGGGUUUCUCUGGCAGAUUGGGUGAGGGAGGGGAGUCUGAGCUGAUGGGGGACACCCAGCUGAAUGAUGAUGCCCUGGAGGCUGGGGCAUUGGAUUCCAAUGAGGAGGACACCAAGGAGCAGGUCAAACGCUAUGGGGGCUUCUUGCGCAAAUACCCCAAGAGAAGCUCAGAAGUGGCUGGGGAGGGGGAUGGGGACGGAGGUAGGGCGGGCCACGAGGACCUGUACAAACGCUACGGUGGCUUCUUGAGGCGCAUCCGUCCCAAGCUCAAAUGGGACAACCAGAAGCGCUAUGGAGGUUUUCUCCGGCGCCAGUUCAAGGUGGUGACUCGGUCUCAGGAAGACCCCAAUGCCUACUCUGGAGAGCUUCUUGAUGGGUAAACCCCUCCCCAUCGUGGAGUUGAGUCAGGAGCUCCCCCUGACACCCUUCCAGAUUGGAGUGCCCUCAUCCAUCCUACCUUAUAUCCCCUGAACCCAUGCUUAGUUCAGCCUGGUCUGCAAAACAUCCAAACCCAGCCUGCCUCUUUUCUGCCUGGGGUGCAGUGUUCGUCUGGAGUCAGCAAGGAGGAAGGAUGGAGGUUCCCCUCUCCAGUAGGCUCAGUGCUAGGUCCCAACUCUAGAACAUUGAAACUACUGCCAACAGCAGCUUUUGCUAUUAACCCCUCCCCCCAUUAAUGUGACUCCCCAGUUCCAGGAAUCCAGACUGACUUGUUCUUCAUCCCUCUAGAUAAAUAGCAAAACAAGAUAAAGAAACAAAUAGAAAUCCUAACACUUUAUCCCAAACCUUAAAGGACCUCCUUGUGCUCCCCACUUCGGAGACCAUGCUUUAGGUAAAACACUCAAAUGCUGCAUUUUAUUGGAGCAGGAAGUCCUACACUAGAGCGUUCAGUCCUCCAGUGGGCACGUGUUCAGUUGUGUUCUCUGUGUUCUCAUCGUUUAGAAACACCCUUCUCGAGGAACCGAGUUCCUGGACUCCAGUUCAUGUUGGUACCUUGGAUAGCACCCAACUCCUCACGUGAGAGGAAGGGCAUGAAAACCCCUUCCAAAAUGGUAAUGAGAGCAGUUCUCCCACUGAAUACUGAAAUGAUCAGGAAGGGAGCAAGACAAACCAAUUUGUUCUGUGCAGCAAACUAAAAAUGUGGACCAGUUCCUUCAGCCCUCAUUAAACUAAUUAAACAGAUCAGCAGCACACUCUUACCCCAGGAUGAACUGAAGCUGAGUCAAGUUGAUGAGGUUAAGCACAACCAUGUUCUUGAGCAGCUGAAUUGGCCGCCAAGAGUCUUAGCCAUCUGGCCAAACAUAUGCAUUGGGCAUUGGGUAAGGGAAUCCAGAAGCAACAGCUAGAAAGACAAAAAGGCUUUCUUCAACCCCUGUGAUGAUUCUUUCCUCUUGAUUUCUCAGAAUAAAACCAGAAAGAGGCAUGAAGUGAUUAAGUGCUUGAGGCCAAAUGAAUUCUCUUGAUUCAAAUAACCCAGAAUCAGAGGCAGAGACCUCCCAAUGUCUUGGUUUCAAUCAAAGUCUUCUCUCUCUGUUGCUCUUGCUCGCUCAUCCCCGGGCACUAUGGUUUGGUCUGUGGGUCCAGGAGGCUGGGCUGGAUAGGAGAGGAAAGGGUCUUGAGUUCAGUUAAUUUGUAUAAGAUGCUACUGAGCAUACCUCUUCAUGCACAACCCCCAGGUCCCUCAUGAUGUUCUGAAAUGUAUGGAUUGUUGUAGGGUUAACUUCGUGUGCUUUUAAAAAAUCCCACUUAUGCAAUUUACCCAGAAUUUGCUUAUUCCUUAGCAGGCCUAUGUUAUUUCCUACUCCUCCAGUGCAAUAAAUAAAAGAAAGAUGG